AAAAGCUUCAUCCAGUUAGGAGUCGCGUGUGGCUAUCCCGUCAAAAUUGGGCGCAGGGUAAACCCUUUCACGAGAUAAUGGGAUGUCAACGUGACGGUAGUCUUUAUCUAGUCCUGGCGGUUUACUGACGGCUGUAGCCUCUAAUCGCUGUGAUAAAAGUUCAAAGUUUGCCUGAAGCCCCGGCGGUAUCACCCACGCUGCGUUGGGUAAAGUCAGGCGUCAGCGUGGAUAACCGCACCGAUCGUGACGCUCGGCAAUCUCAGUCACAGCCCAGUCUGUGCGCGCUCACAGCAAAGUCCAUCUUCAGUCCGCAGCGAGCUCCUGCUUCUUUUUGCCUUUCAGUUUCAAAGGGGUCUUCACUUCAGACUUCCCGCCUUCGACCCGACGAUGUGGUGGUUACUACUUUUGGCUCUCCCCCUGGGCAGCCUCUUCUACAUCUGGUUUUAUUAUCUGAAGGACGCGCUUUUCUCCAGCAGUGCAGUGAGGCCAACGAGACCGCUGGUGACGGACCAGAGGGUGCGGGACAAGAUCCUCAAGCAGGGCUUCACUUCCCAGAGGGUCCCGGCUAACCUGGAUGCCAUUGUGAUUGGCAGCGGCAUCGGCGGUCUCACUGCAGCAGCAGUUUUGGCGAAAGCCGGUAAAAAGGUUUUGGUUUUGGAGCAGCAUGACCAGGCAGGAGGCUGCUGCCACACCUUUGUGGUGAAGGGAUACGAGUUUGACGUGGGGAUCCACUACCUGGGACAGCUCCAUGAGAACGGUAUGCUGAGGGUUAUCCUGGACCAGAUCACCGAGGGGCAACUGGACUUUGUGCGGCUUGAUGAGCAUUUCGACACGGUGGUCAUUGGCGAGAAGGAUGCCAAGCGGCAGUACCACCUACGCAGCGGCAAGAAUGAGUUUGCCGAGAACCUUUGCCAGCAAUUCCCAGAGGAAAAAGAGGCCAUCGACAAGUUCAUGAAGUACAUGAAGCAGGCAGCACGCCAGACCCCCUUGCUCGCCAUUCUAAAGAUGAUCCCGCUGCGACUGGCACGCUUCCUGAUCUGGACCGGCCUCGUCCACUGGAUCUCAGACAUUUACAAACUGGCCGCCACCAGUCACGCCGAUUUUCUGAACCGGAUAACACAAGACAAGGACCUCCAGGUUGUGUUCACCUACUUGUUUUAUGGGGUCUCUCCCUGCGACUCCAGUUUUGUGAUUAAUGCCUUACUGCUCCAUCACUACAAACGAGGCGCCUGGUACCCCCGGGGUGGAGCCAGCGAGGUCGCCUUCAACAUCAUCCCAGUCAUCCAGAAGGCAGGGGGUGCUGUGCUGGUUCGAGCUCCUGUCCAGCGUAUUCUGGUGAAUGCAGACGGCUCAGCGUGUGGGGUCGUCGUGAAGAAAGGGGAUGAAGAGGUGGACCUCCAGGCCCCAGUGGUCAUCUCGAAUGCUGGGAUCUUCAAUACUUUUGAGCGCUUCCUUCCAAUGGAACUGCGAUCCAGUCCUGAGAUCCAGUCUCAGCUCUGCAUGGUCCAGCAUGGCAUGGGCUCAUUUCUUGUCUUUGUGGGGCUCAACGGGACCAAAGAAGAGCUGGGCAUCCCUUCCACUAACUUCUGGAUGUACAAGGACAACGACCUUGACGCCUUGAUGGAGCGCUAUGGCACGUUGAGACGGGAGGAGGUGGCAGCCAACAUCCCCAUGAUGUUCAUCACAUUUCCAUCAGCCAAGGACCCGUCGUUUGAACUCCGACACCCAGGCAAGUCAUGUAUGACCCUGCUGACCAUGGCUCGCUUUGAGUGGUUUGAAGAGUGGCAGGACAAGCGAGUGAAGAACAGGGGUGAAGACUACGAGUGCCUCAAGAUGGGCAUCGCCCAUGCCCUCAUCAAAUGGGCCACCGAGAUGUUCCCUCAGAUUGAAGACAAGGUUGAUUUUGUGGAGGCGGCGACGCCGCUGUCCAAUCAGUUCUACCUGGGGUGCCCCCGAGGCGAGAUGUACGGCGCAGAGCACAACUUGGGCCGCUUCAGAACGGACAUCAUCGCCAGCAUGCGGGCUCAGACGCCCGUUAAGAACCUGUACCUGUCAGGUCAGGAUGUGUUUUGUAACGGAUUUGCGGGGGCUUUACACGGGGGCCUCAUCUGUGCAUCGGCCAUUCUCAACCGCAUCGUCUACAUUGACCUCGUCCUGCUGAAGAGGAAGCUGAAAAAGCAAAAAGCUCGAAAGCAGGCUUGAGUGGCUGACGCCCCCUGCUGGACGCCACUGGCAAGAAGCCCCUCUUUAAUUGUUAAUCUGGACUCUUAAUGGACUGGACGUGAAUGGGUGGGACUCCUGGAGCGAGGGCCAGCUUUGUGUCGUCUCGAGGGUCCAGUGAUUGUGGACCUCCAGAGCAGGACAGGGCGAGUGUGAUGGUGAAGUUCAGAGUGGAAACAUCAUCGGCUCACAUCAACCGUGGCUCUCCCAUUCUGUCCAUUUGUAUGUUUAAAGAACUUUGGGCCGCCGUUCACCUGAAAGGUGACAUUUUUGCAGCCCCUCACUUGAGUAGAGGAGUAGACCUGAGAAAUGGAAGUUUAAACGUCAUGGACUGAGAUCCCACUGCUGACACCAAUGUCUCCCUUUGUUCUAACCAUCUGUAUGUUGAGAGUACUUUGAGGGGCGGGGCGGGCGGGGGGGGUUUGUUCAUUAGAAAGGCUCUCAGUGAAGUCCCAGUUCUGUGCCCCCCUCAUGUGCCCAUCAUUCUAUCAAUUCACUUUGUAUUUUGGGCCACAGUUUGCCACUUCUGCUGGGCCAAGGGUCCCCCUCACUCAAGGAGGAUGGUGUGACAAUGGAAGUGCAAAAGUCAGGUCUGAUAUCACCCUUCUGCCCAAAUGUCUCACGCACUCUUAAUUUGUAUGUUUAAAGUACUUUGGACCGCCGUUCACCUGAAAAGUGAUAUGUGAUGCCCCAUUUCUGACCCCCCUGUUUGCCUCAAUUGAGAAGGGAGGUAUGGCAGUGGACCUGGGAUUGGAGGUGUAAACGUCAUGGGCUGAGAUCCCACUGCUGACACCAAUGUAUCCCUCGUUCUAACCAGCUGUAUGUUGAGAGUACUUUGGGGGGCUGUUCAAUAGAAAUGCUCUCUGUCAAGUCCUACUUCUGUUAUGACCCCCAAUCUCCCUCACUCAAGGAGGACAGUGUGACGAUGGACAUGAGUUUAAAAGUCAGGGUCUGAUAUCCCAGUUCUGUCCAAAUGUCUCCCACACUCUUAAUUCUUAUGUUUAAAGUACUUUGGACCACUGUUUACAUGAAAGGCGCUAUAUGACAUAUUGGCUACAAACUGGAUGGAGCCGCAGUCUGAAAGAGAGGAAUUAACUGAUACCAGCAUUGGGGGUUGGAAUACGGGGCUGGCUUUUGUUCUCGGACUGCAAACCCUUUUUCAUAUCGUCCUUUGUCCCUCUGGUGGACGCUUUCAGAAUUGCAGCACCCCUUCAAUGAAAAGCAGACCAUCACUUGCCGUUUUUCCGACUCCCUACUUCGUGGUGUUUAACCUCUUUAGUACUAAAUUAAAUAAGAGGUGCCUGUCAGACCCACUUGAUGUAAUUAAUGGGCAUCUAGAGUUUAGGGUGCCAGUCAGUAAAACACCCUGGAGGAGCUCUCGUCAUCAUAGAAAACAUGUAAUAAAGCAAAACUCGCUCUCAUUCUUCAUCAAAGAAGCAUAAUUGUUGGCAAAGCCAUAUAGUAUUAUAUAUGUGUUAAUAUUUUGGGAAUAAUUUAUCCAAUUGAUGCUAAAGAAGAGCUGGCAGACGUUAGCCGGAGAGUUGCAGGCAAACAAGGGCUGGUAGCCCGUCCUUUUUUGCUUAUGUCUCCACCUAGUGGCCUCUUUUAGAAGUGCACUCUAUUCAUUGUGAGCCCAGCCCAGGACACAAAGACGGCAAACCGGCCAAACCUUCAUGCCCGAAAUCUGUGCUGUCGGUGACGUUGUUAAAAGUGACCGCGAUUGCACCGCUUCGUGACUUUUUAUGGGGGCUGUUAGUUUGGUCGUUCUGUGCAGGUCAGUCGAGUCAGCAGGCGCUUAUCUUUACAAGGAGCUGCGUGCUAAAUUUGAUUGGUGUCUCGGUUAUCCAUUAGUGAUAAGAAAGCUGGUACAGGCUGACAUUUUUAUACAUUUGUAAAUCUCUGCCUCGCACUGUGUGCACUUCAGAAUUUAUAAAAUGUGUGCCGUGUUGGGCAACAUGCUAACGUCGUGGCUGGCACCUUGGUUCAAAUCCUUCGUCGCUGUCGGCCAGUGUGCCAUCUGCGUGUUCUCCCCAUGGCUUUGUGGGUUUUUCUCUGGUACUUUUAAUUGUCGCAUCCAUGGAGAUGCGACGGUUAGGUGAGUGCCAACUGAAAAUGGGCCAAGUGUGAGUAAGACUGGCCCCACCUGCCGGGAUAAUUCCUACCUCGUGCCCACCGUUUCCUGGGCAAGCCCUGAAAUCCCCCCAGAAACCUAUAAGCCGGGUCAGUGGAAAGUUUUGAACCUUCAUGGCCUGGCGUGUUGUUUUACACAAUCUGCUGCAGUGAUUUUACAACUCACCCUUAUAAAAGUUCAACGUGAAAAAAAAAAACGAUUACUGAAAUUACAAUAAAAUUAUUACGAAAUUCUAAAGAAGUUUGGAAUGAACAGUAUCUUUGUACACUUGACUAAAAGCUGGAUGAAGCCACGACAGCAGCAGCGAGGUGAGGUGACUGGGACCCCCUGACCCCAAGAGGAGACAAGUGCAGUCCAUGACAGCAUAACUCUGUUUUAUAGUGCCUUUCACAUAUUUUUAUAUCUUCUAGCGCCUUUCAUGCCUGCCUUAUGUAUUGUAUAGUGCCUUUCAUACCGCGGUCUAAUAAAGUGCCUUUGAUAUCAGUUA